CUCCAUUCCUUCCUUCCUCCACCUCCGCUUUAUUCUCGCCACCACCACCACUCCGCCGCUGCCGCCUGCUUUUGCUUCUUUCCACUUCUGACUUCUCCAAGUCCAAACUCCAAAGUUCUCAUCGUUGCGCGUGGCACUGUGGACUCUCCACUCUCCACGCCCCUACUCCGAGGAUACACCGUGAGUAGGCGUGGUGGUGCUUGAUCUCAAAUAUCAAAUAUGUGUCCUCCCGUUUUCGUGCAGUCGAUCUAACACCGUUGUUUCUUGCUAAUUCGUUUUCGUUCCCCCGGAUCAAAGAAACUUUAUUUUACAACAACAACAACAACAACAAAAGGAUCUUUACAUUUCCUUUUUUAAAUGAUCUUAUUACCUUCUCUCUCUUAUUUUUACAGAUUUUAGAAUUAACCUGUAGCCUCUGUUUGUUUGUCUGCUCCAAUUUCUGCAGGUUCUUGAGUUUGAGUUGGGCAAGGAGGUUGUGAACGUAGCCUGAACCUGACCUGAGAUUGUGAACGUAAUUUUGGGGGGAAAGGUUGUUCUGUACUGUCUCUUCAAUCUGUGAGUUCGUGACAGGUUCUUGCAAAAACCAAAACAUCAUCAGUGAAAAAUUGUUCGUAGCAUUUUAGCUCUAGUAUAGAUCGAUCAAUCGAUCGUUCGUUCGUUCGAUCGUUCGAGGACGAGAGAUUUGCUAACAUGGCGUUGGCAGGGACCUCCAAAGUAGUGCUGGGAUGUGUCGCGUUUGGGAUAUUCUGGGUGCUGGCCGUCUUCCCCACCGUCCCGUUCAUGCCCGUCGGCCGUACGGCCGGCUCCCUCCUUGGCGCCAUGCUCAUGGUCCUCUUCCGUGUCAUCUCGCCGGAGGACGCCUAUGCCGCCAUCGACCUCCCAAUCAUCGGCCUCCUCUUUGGCACCAUGGUCGUCAGCAUCUUCCUCGAGAGGGCUGACAUGUUCAAGUACCUCGGCAACCUGCUCUCCUGGAAGAGCAGGGGCAGCAAGGACCUGCUCUUCCGCGUCUGCAUCGUGUCCGCCAUUGCCAGCGCGCUCUUCACCAAUGACACCUGCUGCGUCGUGCUCACCGAGUUCAUCCUCAAGGUUGCCAGGCAGAACAACCUGCCGCCGCAGCCGUUCCUCCUCGCCCUCGCCACCAGCUCCAACAUCGGCUCCGCGGCGACGCCCAUCGGCAACCCGCAGAACCUUGUCAUUGCCGUGGAGAGCGGCAUCUCCUUUGGACAGUUCUUGCUUGGAGUUUUCCCGGCGAUGAUCGUCGGCGUCCUGACAAAUGCUGCCAUCCUCCUCUGUUACUUCUGGAAGUACCUUUCAGUGGAGAAGGAUCAGGAAGGCGGGCAGCCGGCUGGGCCGGAGGUGGUCGCCGACGACGAGGUCACCUCACACAGGUUCACACCUGCAAGAAUGUCACACGUCUCAUCUCUGAACCCGGAUGAUAUGGACUGCAUAAGUGAGCCAAUCAUCAGGAGCAACAGCGUGAGGAGCACCAGUGCUAAUGAGAAUCUGAGGAGCAGGAGUGUGAAUUCGGAGGCGGACAUACAGCUCGCGAUCAAGUCGCUCCGGGCAUCGAGCAUGUCGCAUGAGAUGGUCGAGGUCUCAACUGUCACUGACAGGAGGGAUGAAGGUGCAUCCUCCAGGAAGUUCACAAGAACUGCUAGCCAGCAGAGGAGUGUGAUCAUAGAGGACUCGCCGCCGUCUCCCGCCAGCAAUGGCGACAAGGAGAAGGAAGAUGAGGUUGCGGAGAAGAGAUGGAGGGUGUUUGUGUGGAAGACUGCUGUUUAUCUCAUCACUCUUGGCAUGCUCAUUGCACUUCUCAUGGGGCUUAACAUGUCAUGGACAGCCAUCACUGCGGCUCUUGUUCUUCUGGCGCUUGAUUUUACUGAUGCACAGGCUUGUCUGGAGAAGGUGUCAUACUCAUUGCUGAUCUUCUUCUGCGGGAUGUUUAUUACGGUCGAUGGCUUCAACAAAACUGGCAUACCGAACACACUUUGGGAGCUCGUUGAACCGUAUUCACGAAUUGACAGUGCUAAGGGUGUUGCUCUUCUUGCUGUGGUAAUUCUUAUCCUCUCAAAUGUGGCCUCAAAUGUUCCCACAGUACUACUGCUCGGCACAAGAGUGGCUGCAUCAGCUGCUGCAAUCUCUCACGAUUCAGAGAGGAAGGCCUGGCUUAUCCUAGCGUGGGUCAGCACCGUUGCCGGGAACCUCACACUACUGGGCUCGGCUGCGAACCUCAUCGUCUGCGAGCAGGCUAGAAGAGCUCAGUUCUUCGGCUACAACCUCUCCUUCUGGAGCCACCUCCGGUUCGGGGUGCCGUCGACCAUCGUCGUCACGGCGAUCGGGCUGCUCAUCGUCACCAGUUACUGAAGAAGAAGAAGAAGAAGAAGAAGCUGACAGCAGCAUAAGGUAGCGUACAAGAAGGAGAUAGAUGAACGAACCCUUUGGAUCAAUAAGAGAGAGUACAUGUAAAAUUUCUAAAAUAGGCUUGUCCUGUAAAACUCGUGUGUGUUUUGUGUGUAUCUAUGCCAGCUGCUGCGUCUGUGCCCUUGCUCUUUUGUUGUCGCUAAGCAGACGGUGAUUGAGAAGGAUGCAGAUGUAGCAGGCUAAGCAACCUGCAUUUUCAGUGUUUUUCUUCAGAGUCGGAAGUUGCAAAUAGGGCGAGUAAAUGAAGAAUGCUAUGACAAUCUGAUUUUAGUUUUUAUAUUUGUUUCCUACUCAA